GCGCACACCUUGAAGUGCCGGCUCGGGCGCGUGUGUUAUUCGGUCGAGACCUGUACCGCCGACCCGAAGAAUCUCGAGUCAGCGUAACCACGCAGUAGUGGUCCUAAGAGGGCAGACCGCUUCGAAGACGGAACAGAGGCUAUAUAGCCUUGCCAAGGAGCGCGAAACUCGCUGUGAUCUGAAGGAUACACUCCUGGAGUAGACGGUUGCCAUGGGCCCAGAUCUCCUCUGGCGAGGACUCUUCCUCGUCAGCUUGAUGGUCGUCGGUGCUCAGGGCUACGUCCAUGACAGCACGGGACGCGUGGGUGCCGGGGCCUGCUAUCGGCUGGAGGAAGGUAAGCGCCUGGUGCUGGACUGCGACGGUCUCUCCAAGCGCUCGGACCGGUUCCCGUUCGCCUGGAUGAAGAACAACCGGCGCUUCCUGCCUUCGAGCAGCGGGGACGUGCGGCUCGAACAGACGCGCCUCAUCAUCGAGAAGGCGCACCGGGAGGACGCCGGCGUGUACAUGUGCUCGGACAUGAUGUCCACCGGAUAUGGACAGUCCACCACGGGCCGGGUGCUGCACGUGGCCACCCCCGUCGACUUGGUGCCGUUCAGCCCUCGGCUGGUGGUGAGGGACGGCAGCACGAUGCGGCUGCGGUGCAACGCGUCGGCCGUGCCCCGUCCCGAGGUGUCGUGGUGGAAGGACGGCGAACCGCUGCCGGGCGGCGGUCGCGUGCGGCUGCUGCACGGCCCGCCGCCGGACAACCUGCCGCUGGCGCAGCUCGAGAUCAGCUUCAUGGGACCCGAGGACGAAGCGGUGUACGCCUGCAAGGCAUCGCACCCGGCCUGCGAGCUGAGCGCCACCACCUCCACCAGGGUGUUCGUCAGGAUGAACGCUAUCCAAACCAAUGAGGAAAUUCCAGGGAAAGGCAUAAUUCUCGACACAAAAUCUCAUACCCUAGCUUUACAGUGCAACUACACCGAUGACCCCAGCAAGGAAAUCCUUUGGUACAAGGAUGGUUCCAGGCUUUCAAGUGAAGAUAAGAAGUACAGCAUCAACAGCGAUUCCAACACCCUGGAGGUCAAUGAUCCAGGGUAUUUAGACACUGGAAACUACACAUGCGUUGUUGUUGGCACUGAGGAGAAUGCCACAAUUGUUGUUCAGACCAACGUGUCCAUUGAGUAUGCUGAAAGCUCCAAGAACCAAGUGGAAGGAGACCCACUCACCCUGUCUUGCAAGGCGUCUGGUGUACCGACACCUGUUGUCACCUGGUUCAAGGAUGACGAACCUCUGAACAUCUCAGACCCACGUGUCACUCUGGAGCCGAUCAACAAUGUGUCCGAUGCCAAGCUUGUAAUUCAGGACCUCAACUUCGAUGACAGGGCCCAGUACACCUGCGUUGCCAGCAACGGUAUCAGCAAUGAGACCAUGACAGUUUUGGUUCGCGUCAAGGACAAGUUGGCUGCUCUGUGGCCCUUCCUUGGCAUCUGUGUUGAGGUGGCUGUGCUAUGCGCCAUUAUCUUCAUCUAUGAAAAGAAGCGUGUCAAGCCCGACUUCGAGGAGUCUGACACUGACCAGAAUCCUGAAAACAAAAACCUGUCGGAUCAGAAGGAAGGCCAGGACAUACGACAAAGGAAGUGAACAGCCGGUGCAAAACAGCUGCAGGAUGGCUCAAGGAUGGCCGUUGGCCGGCUUUUCCUCUCUUCUGCCAGCAUCUCACCACCUUCUCUUCGCGGUCGCUGAUGCGGACCAUCCCAGUCUUAAUCCCCAUCGCAAACUGCAACCGCUGCCUGCCUCUUAGUAGCAAGGCUUUGCUUGCAAAAAGUGACAAACAGCUGAUUGUGGAAAGGUAGCCGACAGGCUGACAGAACAUUGAUGGAAGCUUCCACCGCUGAAGCCAGCAGAUGAUGGCAUUGCCACCUCUUCUUUGUUGGCGAGUCCUCAAUAGCACGUAAGGAAACAACUUCAUUAGUGUAAGAAAGCCCCUACCCUGCUAAAGCACCAUGCUUAUUGUGAUAGCGCCGAAACCUACCACGGUUUUAUUCAUUGCCCCCCGUCUGGCUAUGCAACUGCCGAAACCUGCUCUUGCAUAUUAAGUUUUUCAAACAUGCACCAUUAACGCAUUUCAUUCCUCUGCGUGAAGCACGCAGGAGACUUUGCCACAGCCAGGGUGAAGAACAAGUUCUGUUCAGUCUAUAUAUAGCAACCCUUUUUUUGUGGCCCCCAUUUUGCUCUCGCAUGUUUCACUGUAUUUUCUUAGUUAUUUCUUCUGUUACCUUUUAGCAAUUUAUUAAGUGGGCUGCGAAGACUCGGUAUCAAGUCACUGGCCCAAUCAGUCAUAUAGAUGUUUCUUUUCUCUCUUUAAAAACAAAAUAUAUAUAUAUAGUAUAUUAGCAGCCGGCUGCCGUGCAGCACCCUCGGUGAUUUUUCACUUUGCUGUUAUGAAAGGCAAAGCCUUUCUUUUGUUGACAUGUUCACAACACGUGGCUGCUGCUUUCUAGUUUAUUCACGCUAAUCAAGGCAAGGCUCUCUCUUCUUUACAUUCUCUUUAUUUUAAAUUACACUUUGAUAAGUGUUUCGUAGAACAUAGCAUACACUACAUAUAACAUAAGCAAUUCUUUUUGCUGUACAUAUAUAUACUAUCCAACAGUGCCCAUUUCUGUACAUCAUAUAGUUCUCUGGAAGAAGUGCAAUUAUCUUUGUUAUUAUGUGAAGGCACAUUUGAAUAAAAAUGUUUCAUAAAA